AUGGGCGUGAAGCGGCCGUUCGGGGGGCUCCGGGCCUGCCUGUGGCUGGUGGCGGCCUGGCACGCCGCCUUCCCCCCGGAGGCCCGAGGCUGCCCGGCGCUCUGCACCUGCACGGGGGCCAGCGUGGACUGCCACGGCACCGGCCUCACAGCCGUCCCCAAAAACAUCCCCCGAGCCACCGAGAGGCUAGAGCUCAACGGGAACAACAUCACCCGGAUCAGCAAGAACGACUUCGCGGGCCUGAAGCAGCUUCGGGUGCUGCAGCUGAUGGAAAACCAGAUCGGAGUGGUAGAGCGAGGAGCAUUUGAUGACAUGAAAGAGCUGGAAAGACUACGACUGAACCGAAACCAGCUGCAUGUGUUGCCGGAGCUGCUGUUCCAGAACAACCAGGCCCUCUCAAGGCUGGACCUCAGUGAGAACGCGAUCCAGGCUGUGCCCAGGAAAGCCUUCCGAGGAGCCACCGACCUGAAAAACCUGCAGUUGGACAAGAAUCAGAUCAGCUGCAUUGAGGACGGGGCUUUCCGAGCCCUUCGGAGCCUGGAGGUGCUGACUUUGAACAACAACAACAUCACCACCAUUCCAGUGUCCAGCUUCAACCACAUGCCCAAACUGCGCACCUUCCGCCUGCACUCCAACCACCUCUUCUGUGACUGCCACCUCUCCUGGCUGUCUCAGUGGCUGCGUCAGCGCCCGACCAUCGGGCUGUUCACCCAGUGCGCGGGGCCUGCCACUCUCCGCAGCCUCAACGUGGCCGAGGUCCAGAAGAACGAAUUCAGCUGCUCAGGCCAAGGAGAUGCAUCCCGAGCAUCCAUCUGCACCCUGUCCUCAGGCUCCUGCCCUGCCAUGUGCACCUGCAGCAAUGGCAUCGUGGACUGUCGUGGCAAGGGGCUCACUGCCAUCCCUGCCAACCUGCCCGAGACCAUGACGGAGAUACGUCUGGAACUCAAUGGGAUCAAGUCCAUUCCUCCCGGAGCCUUCUCGCCUUAUAAAAAGCUGCGGAGGAUAGACCUGAGCAACAACCAGAUCGCAGAGAUCGCACCUGACGCCUUCCAGGGCCUUCGUUCCUUAAACUCACUGGUGCUGUAUGGAAACAAGAUCACGGACCUGCCCAGAGGGGUCUUCGGUGGCCUGUUCACCUUGCAGCUGCUGCUGCUGAACGCCAACAAGAUCAACUGCAUCCGGGCCGACGCCUUCCAGGACCUCCAGAACCUGUCCCUGCUCUCCCUGUAUGACAACAAGAUCCAGAGCCUGGCCAAGGGCACCUUCACCUCCCUGCGGGCCAUCCAGACCCUACACCUGGCUCAAAACCCGUUCAUCUGUGACUGUCACCUCAAGUGGCUGGCGGACUUUCUGCGGACCAACCCCAUCGAGACCAGCGGGGCCCGCUGUGCCAGCCCCCGACGCCUCGCCAACAAGCGCAUCGGGCAGAUCAAGAGCAAGAAGUUCCGGUGCUCAGCAAAGGAGCAGUACUUUAUUCCAGGUACGGAGGACUACCAGCUGAACAGCGAGUGUCACAGCGAUGUGAUCUGCCCCAACAAGUGUCGCUGCGAGUCCAACGUGGUGGAGUGCUCCAACCUGAAGCUGACCAAGAUCCCCGAGAAGAUCCCGCAGUCUACGGCCGAGCUACGAUUGAACAACAAUGAAAUUUCAGUCCUGGAGGCCACUGGGAUCUUCAAAAAGCUCCCUCACCUGAAGAAAAUUAACCUGAGCAACAACAAGGUGGCCGAGAUAGAAGAUGGCGCGUUUGAGGGGGCGGCCUCGGUCAGCGAGCUGCACCUGACGGUCAACCAGCUGGACUCCGUCCGCAGCGGCAUGUUCCGGGGGCUGGAGGGCCUGAGGACCCUGAUGCUGAGGAACAACCGCAUCGGCUGCAUCCACAACGACAGCUUCACGGGCCUGCGCAAUGUCCGCCUCCUCUCACUCUACGACAAUCAGAUCAGCACCAUCUCCCCUGGGGCCUUCGACACCCUUCAAUCCCUCUCCACCCUGAACCUGUUGGCCAAUCCCUUCAACUGCGACUGCCAGCUGGCCUGGCUCGGGGACUGGCUGCGGAGGAGGAAGAUUGUGACCGGGAACCCGCGCUGCCAGAACCCGGAUUUCCUGCGCCAGAUCCCCUUGCAGGACGUGGCCUUCCCUGACUUCAGAUGUGAGGAAGGGCAGGAAGAGGUGGGCUGCAUCCCACGCCCCCAGUGCCCCCAGGAAUGCACCUGCCUGGACACGGUUGUCCGCUGCAGCAACAAGCACCUCCGCGCCCUGCCCGUGGGCAUCCCCAAGAACGUCACGGAACUCUAUUUGGAUGGAAAUCAGUUCACAUUAGUCCCCGGACAGCUCUCCACCUUCAAAUACCUGCAACUGGUGGACUUGAGUAACAACAAGAUCAGUUCUUUAAGCAAUUCUUCCUUCACCAACAUGAGCCAGCUCACCACACUGAUCCUCAGCUACAAUUCCCUGCAGUGCAUCCCUCCCCUGGCUUUUGAGGGGCUCCGCUCCCUCCGCCUUCUGUCUCUCCACGGCAACGAUAUCUCCACUCUUCCCGAGGGCAUUUUCACCGACGUCACCUCUCUCUCCCACCUAGCCAUCGGGGCUAACCCCCUCUACUGCAACUGCCAUCUGCGCUGGCUCUCCAACUGGGUCAAGACCGGCUACAAGGAGCCGGGGAUCGCCCGCUGUGCUGGCCCUGCAGAAAUGGAAGGCAAGCUGCUUCUCACCACUCCCGCCAAGAAGUUUGAAUGCCAAGGCCCUCCCACAUUGGCUGUGCAAGCCAAGUGCAACCCCUGUCUGUCCGAGCCGUGCCAAAACCAGGGGGUCUGCCAGGAUGACCCCCUCGAGUUCUACAGCUGCGCCUGUCCCAGUGGCUACAAGGGCAAAGACUGCGAGAUCUCCGUGAGCAGCUGCUCUAGCAGCCCCUGCGAGAACAGCGGGACCUGCCACACCCUGGAGGGAGAGGGAGCCGGAUUCACGUGUGCCUGUGCCAAGGGAUUCGAGGGGCCGACCUGUGGGGUGAACGUGGACGACUGCCAAAGUCACGACUGUGAGAAUGGGGGCCUCUGUGUGGAUGGAGUCGGGAACUCCACAUGCCUGUGCCCCCCGCCCUACACAGGAGAGGCCUGUGAGCGGCUGAUGGAUUUCUGUUCCCCAGAGCAAAACCCCUGCCAGCAUGGGGCCAGCUGCGUGAGCACGGCUGAGGGGCCCAAGUGCGAGUGUGCCCCAGGCUACGUGGGAGACAACUGCAGCGUGGACUAUGACGACUGCUCAGACCAUCGCUGCCAAAACCAGGCCCGGUGCGUGGACGAGGUGAAUGGCUACUCUUGUCUGUGCCCGGAUGGCUACAGCGGGCAGCUGUGCGAGAUGCCUCCCCGGGCCGGGGCCCCCGGGAGCCCCUGCGAGCGGGCCGACUGCCGGAACGGGGCCGACUGCGCCAUGCUGGGGAGCCGGCCGGUGUGCCGGUGCCGGCCCGGCUUCGGCGGCCCUGAGUGCGAGAAGCUGCUGAGUGUCAACUUCGUGGACCGGGACACCUACCUUCAGUUCACAGACCUGCAGAACUGGCCGCGGGCUAACAUCACACUGCAGGUGUCCACGGCGGAAGACAACGGGAUCCUGCUGUACAAUGGCGACAACGACCACAUCGCAGUGGAGUUGUACCAGGGCCACGUGCGGGUCAGCUACGAUCCUGGCAGCUACCCCAGCUCUGCCAUCUACAGUGCCGAGACCAUCAACGAUGGACAGUUCCACACGGUGGAACUGGUCACCUUUGACCAGAUGGUGAAUCUUUCCAUCGACGGCGGCAGCCCCAUGACCAUGGACAACUUUGGCAAGCACUACACCCUCAACAGCGAGGCCCCGCUCUACGUUGGGGGGAUGCCCGUGGACGUGACCUCGGCGGCCUUCCGCCUGUGGCAGAUCCUGAACGGCUCCAGCUUCCACGGCUGCAUUCGGAACCUGUACAUCAACAACGAGCUGCAGGACUUCACCAAGACGCAGAUGAAGCCGGGCGUGGUGCCGGGCUGCGAGCCCUGUCGGAAGCUCUACUGUCUCCACGGCAUCUGCCAGCCCAACGCCGCCCCCGGGCCCGUGUGCCACUGCCAGCCGGGCUGGGGGGGCCCUCACUGCGACCAGCCCACCGGAGACCCCUGCCAAGGGCACAAGUGCGUCCACGGGACCUGCACGGCCCUCGACUCGCUGUCCUACAGCUGCCGGUGCCAGGACGGCUACCAGGGGACACUGUGCAACCAGCCAGGGAUGCCGCAGCAGGGGACGCAGCAGGGGACGCCCUCCGAGCCCUGCGCGGCCUUGCGGUGCCUGCAUGGGCGCUGCCAGGUCUCCGCCGAUGGGGCCGUGCGCUGCGCGUGCGACAGUGGCUUUACCGGGGACCAGUGUGAGCAAGAGUCCGAGUGCCGGGGGGACCCCGUCCGAGACUAUCACCAGGUCCAGAGGGGCUAUGCCAUCUGCCAGAGCAGCCGCCCGCUGUCGUGGGUGGAGUGUCGGGGCCCUUGCGCGGGCCGGGGCUGCCGCUGCUCGGGCCUGCGGCCGAAGCGGAGGAAGGUAACGUUCCAGUGCAGCGACGGCUCCUCCUUCGUGGACCAGGUGGAGAAGCCCACCGAGUGCGGCUGCGCUCACUGCAUGUAGCCCCCCGGACCAGCCCGGACGGGGCCGAAUGGACCGGACCGGGGC